AAAAUUCUGCCCUCCUAUCUCUCUCGCGGCUCCGAAUCUUUUCUUCAUAUUCUGGUUAUAUCCUUCUCGAUUUUGUAUUCCUUCUUUAUUCUCAAUUCAUUCUCGAAAAGUGCUGCUUGGACAGGUUUAAAGUCUAAAUAACCGAAGGUUCUGCAUAGAUGAUAGGAUGCAACGAUUGGUUGACAACGUCCUCGCGGUUACUAAAGAGUCAGUGAAAACAUUUACCUAUGAGUCCUUGAACAAUAUUGUGAGACUGAUCAAUGGAGUAUCGGCACUUUUAUUGGCAUUAUUACCAGGAAAGGCUACCAUCCUUGAAGGUAUUCAUGGCUGGGAGCUCAGACCAACCUUCCGUGGACCCCGUUUUCCACGUUGGAUGGAAAAUGGCGUGUCCUCUUUCAACCAAUUCAUUCAUGAACUUUCUGUGGAUUCUGAUACUUCAAACUUGGAGCACUCAUCUGGAGAAGGAGAUGGUGAUCAGUACGAAUAUAGUGCAUCUCCAUCAUACCAAAGCUCCAGAGUCAAUCGUGCUAAUUUUACGAAACACAAUAAGCAGCGUAUGACAUGGAUACAGUAUUUCCUAUUUUGGGUUUUCUUUCCUCUCAAGUUUUUGCGACGGCUUGUUCUGUUUUGGAUCCGCUGUGUCAUAUUUUGGGUUUGCUUUCCUGUCAAGAUUUUGCCGCAGAUUCCAUUCCGGCUUUUCCGGUUCUUUUUUUCUAUGGUGUCAAAAGCCCUGUCUACCUCUGGAAACCGGCGCCCUGCACGUUCAUAUUCAAAUAAGAGCAUGCAAAGCCUCAAGGACUACAUUAUUCAUCGUACUACUGAUCGGAGACGCGGAGUCAUAGAGGAUCUUCAUUUAGCCAUAGAAAUAUUUAUAGAAGGUGUAUUCGAUGUUGUGCACAAGGCAGUGCAUCUUCUUCUUUCCCCAUCAGAAUCUUUCAGGACAUUGUUCGGGUUGUUUUCAUCUCAUGAAAGCCGUGCUAACGAUGAUCAUGCUACCCUUGUGGAUGCCUCUGUUUCUACGUCUACGCAUGUGAAGAAUGACCCAAAACCCACAGUGAGGAAUACCAGUUUUUACCAGUCUCUGAAUACAGAUGCUCGGACAUGUCAGGAUGUCAUAACGGAGCUUGGGUACCCAUAUGAAGCCAUUCGUGUAAUAACUUCUGAUGGAUAUGUUCUUCUUUUGGAAAGAAUACCCAGACGAGAUGCACGGCAAGCUGUUUAUCUUCAGCAUGGGAUUUUGGAUUCAUCAAUGGGUUGGGUAUCUAAUGGGGUCGUUGGCUCGCCCGCUUUUGCAGCAUAUGAUCAAGGAUAUGAUGUAUUUCUGGGGAACUUUCGUGGUUUGGUAUCUCGGGAACAUGUUAACAAGAACAUCUCCUCAUAUCAAUACUGGCGGUACUCCAUCAAUGAACAUGGGACUAAGGAUAUUCCUGCGAUGAUAGAAAAAAUUCAUCAAGUAAAAACUGCUGAAUUGAGUAUUAGUCAACCUGAUAUUGUGGAAGAAUCUAAUGGUAAUCAGCCUUACAAGCUUUGUGCAAUCUGCCAUAGUUUAGGAGGAGCUGCUAGUAUAAUGUAUAUUAUUACACGUAGGAUUAAAGAGAAGCCUCAUAGACUUUCAAGACUGGUUUUGUUAUCACCUGCCGGAUUUCACGAUGAUUCCAACCUAGUUUUUUGUGUGUUGGAGCAACUAUUGUUCCUGGUUGCUCCAAUUUUGUCUCAUGUUCUACCUGCUUUCUAUAUACCAACCAGAUUUUUCCGCAUGCUUCUAAACAAGUUAGCUCGAGAUCUGCAUAACCUUCCUGCAGUUGGAGGAUUGGUUCAAACUUUGAUGAGUUAUGUUGUUGGUGGAGACAGCUCAAACUGGGUUGGGGUUUUAGGAUUACCUCACUACAAUAUGAAUGAUAUGCCAGGAGUAUCUUUCCGUGUUGCUCUCCAUCUUGCACAGAUGAAGCACGCGGGAAGAUUUAGAAUGUUCGAUCAUGGGAACGCAUCUGCUAAUAUGGAGGCGUAUGGUUCGCCAGAACCUUUGGAUUUGGGUGAAUUCUAUCAGCUUAUUGAUAUUCCUGUUGAUCUGGUUGCUGGACAGAAAGACAGAGUGAUAAGACCUUCCAUGGUUAAAAGGCACUAUCUAUUCAUGCAUGAUUCUGGUGUGGAUGUUUCAUAUAAUGAGUUCGAAUAUGCUCAUCUGGACUUUACCUUCUCCCACCAUGAAGAACUCUUGUCAUAUGUUAUGUCACGAUUGCUGCGUGUGAAGUCCAAUUCAAAGAAAGAGAAGAAGACAGAAUAGUAGUUGCUGACUAAUGAGUGGAACAUGGAAUAUGCGAAAACCUGUACAUUUUCAUUUCUCGCAGAAGCGUCUUUGGCAUGCCCACAACAUUCAGUUGAAAAGCAUUGUCUUGCGGAUCUACUGGAGCUAUGGACCUGCUGAAAUCACAGAGCUGCCUUGUACAUGUGUUCAUUUUUUCCUUGUCCCUUUGGAAGCAAAGUAGGCCUUGAAGAAACUGCAUUUUACAUCGUAAAUACUAAAAAUCUGUGCAUUGCCAUGUAAGUGAAAAAAGGCACGAGAAACUAGAUUGUAGCUGUAUUUACAUAUUACUAUAUCCUGUCUUUAA